UGAUCGAUCAUGUAAAGCCGAUUGAUCACAACAUCGUAGUUACCAUGAAGUUUCAUCACACCUUAGGUUUCUUUUCUUAUUCAUUAGUUUUCAAGUGGAGAACGCAUAGGAGCUGGACGUUGUCUGGGAGGCAUAAACCCUGUUGCUAUAUUGAAAGAGUGCGUUGUUCUGUAUCCAUCGCAGUUCCAGGAAAAUGGGACGCUUUUCAUAUAGGACACCGAAGACUAGUUGAAGUUGCAUCCACUUUAGGUACACCAGUUUUAGUCACUUUUGAAAAUAUGGCGUCUCUUUUAGGUUGGCCUUCACGACAGCCUCUGGUUGCUCGAGAGUUUGCUCCUCGAAUACUUUCGAGUUGGGAAGAACAGUUAUCAGUGGUUCCAAUAACAAUGCAAGUCAUACCUUUUGAAAGAGUCAGAUAUAUGAGGCCCCAAGCUUUUUUAGAUUUUCUUCGUUUACAACUUGGUUGUGAAGGCCUUGUUUGUGGAGAAGAUUGGAGGUUUGGAUAUGGCGCUCAAGGAGAUAUUCAUUUAUUGAAAAAGUAUUGUGCAGAAUACAAUUGGAAAUGUUGCAUAGUUGGUUCUGUUUAUGUUUANAAUAUUUUAGUAUCUUCGACAGCAGUACGACAUUAUCUCGGAAAGGGACAAAUGGAAACAGUUUCUCUGUUGUUAGGUCGCCCUUAUUGUGUCAUUGGCAAAGUUGUGGAGAUUCGGAAGUUUUGUUGUUAUGUAUCGCAGUUGAUCAAUCAGGUACCAGUUUCGGCCAACUAUGAAGCCAUCAUAGAACAGCAGAAGCAUUGUUAUAUUCACGUGAUAAAUGGCGAACGAGGAGACAGUUCUUGUAUUCGAAUAGAGAACUGUACAUGGGACCAUUCACUUCAAUUAGGACAACCACUCAAUAUUCAUAUUAUUCGUAAAGUUUUAUCGCAUUCCAUAUACCAUUUCAUAUUUUUGAUAAUCAUAUGACAUUUUAUAUAUACUUGGCCGAUACUUUUACAAAGAAUUGCAAGUGUUCUAGUUA